AUGAACUCUAUCGUCUCGCCAACUCUGUUCAGGAUCGUAAGCGCCGGCUACACUAUCAUGAACAAGGCCAAUUCCGCACUCGAAUAUCGCGCCCUCGAAUACGCAUUGUACUCCGUCAUGACUGUUCGGGGUACUGUAAGUGUGAUGAGAAUCUGGAAAGGUGCAAGGACUCCACCAGGAGUCGACCAUAACACAUGGAAGGCUAUCACUUGGCGCGUUAUUAACUGGCUUCAUAUUAAGCUUAAGACGAAUGUUGGUCUACGGAAAGAGCUGGAAGUUGCGAAGAAGCAGCAGAAGGAGUCUGAGAUGAGGGAGAAGGCGAGCUCUGAUCGAGCGCGUCAGACUACACAGGUCGACGAGGUUCCAGACUUUGCGACACCUGUGCGCGAAGAGCCUACACAAACACCAGAAGUGGUCCGGAAGUUACAGGAGGCACUCAAGGAAACGAGCGAUCAGCUGAAGCACAGCAAUGCGCAGGUCAAAGAGCUCCAGCAGUCUACGAGCAAGCCUGCGCACCCGAGUAGAAUGUCCACCUCGUCUCACAACUCAUCAACUCCAAAGCGAGAUGCACUGGAGGAUAUGGGACAUCAACUUCGGGCGGCGCGGCAAGAGGCUGUAGACGCCAAGAUGGAAGCUGUUUCCAAGGACGAGAAGUUUCGGCUGGUGCAAGAAGAGGCUGAUGGGGCUAAAGCCAAAGUCGCUUCGCUACUGGCUUCUCACAGUCAAGAGCCUCAGGCCGUACCGGAGGAGGUUGAGGCAGUCAGCUCUCAAGUGGCUUCCCUGAAGGCUGAGCUGGAAGCUGCACGACAAGAAACGCAGACGGUUAACGUGGAACUCCUCUCAGUCAAGGAGCAAUUGGGUUGUGCGAACGAAGCCAUUAAAACCGCUGGAUCUGGCUUGGCCCAGGUGAAAGAACUAGUGGGAAAAGUCCAAGAAGAGAAGGAGGAAGCCGAGGCCAACGCAGCCUCUCUAACUUUGCAGUUGCAAGCGUCCCGAGAAGAAGAAGAGAAGGGCAGGGCCGAUGCAGCUUCGAUGGAGAGAGACUUCCACGAGGUGCGACUACGACAUAGCAAGGAAGUCACCGCGCUCAAAGAGCAGGUCAAGCAGUGGGAAGGCAUCGCUGCGGAGGCGAAGCAGAUCAACGAUGCUGUGCAGACUGCGCUCAAUGACGAGAACGAGGAGCUCAAAGAGCAGCUGAAGAAGGAUUGUGCUCGUCGCGAGGCACUGGAGAUGGAAGUCAAGAAGCUGAAGUCGGAGAUCGACGGUGCGAAAGCUACAGAGAUGGCUGCACCCGCCGCGAAGUCGCUCACUCCAUCUAAGAUGCAGAACUCACUGAGCGCGAUCUCUUCCAACCACCCUAUCGAUGAUCAGCCUCGUCUCGUCUCCGUUGCCGGACUCACAAGCCCAUCUACACCCCUCCCCACUAUAUCCGCCCCUCCAGCUACUCCCGAUACAACCUCGACGCCAAAGGACCACAGAAAACUCACCGCAGACUGGAAUGCUAGGACGAUCACACUCCCAGCAUACAUCGACGGCUUGACUGAGUUGAAGCGAAAGUCUGACGACGCGGGCGAGACACCCAGACCGGUCAAGCAGCUUCGGCUUAGCAGCGAGAGUGCAGAGAUUCCGACAGGAAAUCUACUGACGCCUGGUGGUGGGCCGGCAUUCAAGUUCGCCGUACAGGAACUAGGCGAAGAAGAACAGGGAGAAGACGAUGGUGACGCUUCUGAUAUCGAAGACUUCUGGAGUUCUUUUGAGGGUGACGCGGACAACUCAGGCACUUUCACAUACGGCUUGGGUGAUGCAGACGGCGCGGAAUCAUCAGCGCCGCCCGAGCAAGACGCAGACAAGGGCGAGACCAACACUCAUGGCGAUACUCUCGUCAUUGACGGCGAUACCGUCAUCGAUGACAGCGAUCACAGCAACGACGAUCUCUAUGCCAUGCCUUCACCGAGUCCAAACAAGCAGCCGCCUCAGGCUACCACCGAUAUCCCCGGCAUCGACAUCCCCGAUAUCGACAUCCCCGCCAUCGAGCUGACUCCAGCUACCAAGCGGAAGAUUGGCACUGAAGGCGAUGAGGAAGCGUCGCCGAAGCCAUCUCAGGUCCCGAGGACGAAGGAGGACCUUGGCGGUGAGCAGACGCUGGCUUUGGAGAAUAUGACUCCGAUUGCCGUUACUCGCAAGCCCGCUAUCAUAUUGACCCCGGUUAUGAAGCGGCUCUUCACAGAAGAUGACGGUGAGGGGCCACCUCGUUCAUCUCAGAUGCCACCUAGGUCGUUGUCAUCAAAGGUGCAGAGGACGAAGGUAGACCUUGGUGAUGAGCAGACUCCGACUCUGAACGAGAUGAUGACGGAGAACGUCGUGGCUGCGUCUCGCGAAGGGAACGAGACGACUGAAGUCAGCGGUCCGUCGCAAGUUCCGGCUGAGAAGGACGAUACUCCACCGGAAGCACAUCCCGCGUCGACCGAGCCAGCAGAGCCGAACAACGACAUCACAACAGCCAACACCGACGCAACAAACGUAGCCAGCACCGCCGGUCUUCCACCCCCUGCUCCAACCCAGGCACCCAACAACAGGCGCACGCGCAAUGCCGGCAAACCUGUCGGAUCUCUCAACGAGAACGUGUUGAGUAAGAUGGCGGCAUCGCCGAUGAAGGAUGAGAAAGAGAUAGAUGCAGAGAAGGCGAAUGCAAGGGGCAAGUCUCCCGUCAAGUCGACAAAGUCGCCGGCAAAGAAGACGGUCAAGUCGCCAGCCAAGGCACCGGAGAGAUCGCGAGCGAGCAGGAGCCCGUCUAAGUCAAGGGCGGAUAAGCGAUAG